GGGACGGCUGGGGCGACUGGGUCGUAGGGGACGACGAGGGAACGACUGGGACGACUGGGACGACUGGGACGAAUGGGUCGAAGGGGAUGACUGGGACGAGCGACCCACAGGGACGACUGGGACGAGCGAGCCACGGGGACGACUGCGCUCGAGCUUCGGCGGACGACCAUGCACCCCAGUUGGCGGACGACCAUGCACCGCCCCCCAGUCGGCGGCCCAUGCCCCUCCCUUCCCCCCCCCCCGCCCCCGCAUCACCCCCCCCCCACGCCUCCCUCUCCCUCCCUUCUCUCCCUCUCCCUCCCUCGCUCUCUACCUCUCCCCACGACCCCGCGUCACCCUCACCCUCACAUUGACAGUAUCCGCUCGUGGGGACGCCCCAGCUCUGCGU